UCAUAAUCCCGGUCAAAUCUAGGGGACAAAGUUAGGAUGAAGACUAGAAAUGCGGCAAAAUCAAAAACUGUUUAGUAUACUUGAAAGGACUGUUUUAAAUCUACACUCAAACAUGAGGGACCAUUUUUGUCAUUUUCUCUCAGUUUGAUAGUUCAUUCUAGGUAUUUGGCCUAGUUCAGUUGAAUACUAAACCCUACGCAAUACACAGCUCUUCUCAAGAAACAAUGGAGCUAAACCUUAACAAGAGGAAAAAACAAAAGACUGAUAACACCACCGCCAACAACAAACAAACAAAGAGUAACUCUGAGGUUUUCGCUUCUUGCUCUUUUGCAAGUCUUGGUCUUCACCCUACCUUAUGCGACCACCUCAAAGAGAGGCUUGGAUUCGAGGGUCCGACUCUUGUUCAGGCUCAAGCAAUUCCUGUUAUUCUCUCCGGUCGACAUGUACUAGUGAAUGCGGCUACUGGAACGGGGAAAACUGUGGCUUAUUUGGCUCCAGUUAUUCAUGAGCUGCAGAAGAGUGAUCCCAGGAUUCAGCGGUCUGAUGGUACUUUUGCGUUGGUUCUUGUGCCAACGCAUGAAUUAUGCAUGCAGGUAUAUGAGAUCUUGCAAAAGUUGUUGCACCGUUUUCACUGGAUUGUUCCUGGAUAUAUUAUGGGAGGGGAAAGCAGGUCCAAAGAGAAAGCAAGAUUGCGAAAAGGUAUAUCUAUUCUUGUUGCAACUCCUGGACGUCUUUUGGAUCACCUAAAAAACACAUCAUCAUUCUUGUACACAAACCUGCGCUGGAUAAUUUUUGAUGAAGCUGACAGAAUUCUGGAGCUUGGAUAUGGUAAAGAGAUUGAAGACAUACUUAAUGUUCUGGGCUCAAAACAACAAAAAAGUGUUGGCAAGGGUAACACAACUUCACAGGUUUCUGAGGUUCUGAGGCAAAAUUUGCUGUUAUCAGCCACAUUAAAUGAGAAAGUAAAUCACCUUGCGAAAAUUAGUUUAGAAAACCCAGUGAUGGUUGGGCUUGACAAGAAAAUAGAGCUACAGUUAACUCAUCAAGACGUGGAACCAAUGGAAUUUAAUGGAAAUGAUAUAUUAGGAAAAGAGGGCAACCCACUGAAUUCCUCAACUGAGGAAUAUAAGCUUCCGGCGCAGUUACUUCAGAGAUAUAUAAAAGUCCCCUGUGGUUCUCGGCUUGUAGUGCUUCUUGCAAUUCUAAAAGAUCUGUUUGAGAAGGAACCUUCUCAGAAGGUUGUGGUGUUUUUCUCAACAUGUGAUGCUGUAGAUUUUCAUCAUUCGUUGGUGAGUGGAUUUCAGUGGCACUCUCAUCUGCAAUCAGGUACAGAAGUCAAACAACUGUUUCUGAAAUGCAACACACUUCGGUUACAUGGGAAUAUGAAUCACGAGGACCGAAGAGCUACAUUCAAUGCUUUCAAAACAGAAAAGUCAGCACUUCUGCUAUCCACUGAUGUUGCUGCUAGGGGCUUGGACUUUCCAAAAGUUAGGUGUAUUAUACAGUAUGAUCCUCCAGGAGAGGCAACUGAAUAUGUGCAUCGGGUGGGAAGAACCGCCCGCAUAGGUGAAAAGGGUGAUUCGUUAUUAUUCCUACAGCCUGUUGAAACCGAUUACUUGCCUGGCUUGGAGAAACAUGGGGUGACACUAACAGAGUAUCCCCUUCAGAAACUUUUAGAUAGCUUUCCAUUGUUUGGUACCAGGUACCACCCGAAGAAUUUUGUUUCUGUAGACACGCAUCCCUGGGUGGUUUCUCUGCAGAAAGCAUUGGAAUCCUUUACUUCAUCGGAGUUAAAUAUGAAGAAAAUGGCGCAGAACGCAUUUUGCUCAUGGGUUCGUGCAUACACUGCCCAUCGUGGUGAACUUAAAGGAAUUUUUAUGGUGAAGAAACUUCACUUGGGGCAUGUUGCAAGAAGUUUUGCAUUGAGGGAGCAACCAUCUUUGGUUAAUAAAUCCCUCCAAAAACAAACAAAGAAGAGGAUGAGAGAUCAGAAACAUAACAACGUAUUGAAAAAGAGGAAAGUCGCUAAAAAAUGAUGAGUAUUGAGGAUGUGAAACAUUUUUCGUCAGAGGAGCUCGCGAAAUUGGAUAGGAUAUGUACAACAAGAUGUUUCUAUCUAGCCAUCUCCAGUUGUCCUGCCUCUCUACCAAUGGAGCAAGUUGUCUGAUGAGCUCUUAUAUAUUCAGUUCUGCUGAGGAAGUUAAAGCCGGUACUAUUUGCUCUGUCCUUGAGAUCUGCUAGCAGAUUGCAAGCCCUUUCUGGUGAGAAAUGCAUCAGUUUUAAGAAACAGAGUAUCUAACAUCUGUUUCUAUUCUUCUAGUGUAAUACUAUCAGCCACCUCGUACUACCCUCAUUGCGCAUCCUGUGUAACAUCAAGGAACAGUUCUAACUCUAAGCAGGUAAUCAUAUUAUAGCAUUUUAAUUUUACCAGGAAAAGUUUUGUAUACUUUAGGAAGCUUUGUACCCAAAAUAUUCAAGAUUUUCUGAACUGCAGUUUAAGCAGGAAUAUGAUAUCUGUAUUUAUAGGUGUAUGCAUGGUUUGUGUCCA